AUGGAGGGCAGGGCCGGCCCUGACCUGACGCAGCAGGUACCCGAGGUCAUCUCGCUGGAGUGUAUGGCCGCGUCAGGCCCGGGGGACGACCACGACCUCUUUGACUCCCCGUUUGGCGGCGUUGGCCACUAUUCCCCCCUGGCCUCUGUCCCUCUCCUCAUGACCGCUACACACCCCCACGACCACACCACCCCCAUGCCUGCACAGCCCCAGGGGGGCCCAAGGCCCCACAACACCCUUCAAGGCCAAACCCUCCUGAAGCCGGCCCUGAAACCAAAGGAGACGCAGACGUCCCAGGCGGGCUACAACCGCCGCUCCAUACGCCACAGGGGGAGGAGGCGGCUGAUGGUCCUGCCCCCGCUGCCGAGCCUGGACCUGGGGGAGGUGCUGGACCGAGCCCUCCGGCCCCCCCCGCCCAAGAAGAAGACCCGCACGCUGUACACCACUGAUCAGUUGGAGCAUUUGGAGUUUCUGUUCCAUGACGACCACUAUCCUGAUGCGGAGAAGAGGAAGGUCAUCGCCGCGUCCGUUGGGGUCACACCACAGAGGAUCAUGAGCUACAGUGCUGGAACGGGCAGGGGACGCAGCGGGAACACCCCCCGGGUGAUGGAACAGAGCCAGCAGCAGCAGCCUGGUGUGGUUCCAGAACCGGCGGGCCAAGUGGAGGAAGAUCGAGCGCUCUGUGAAGGGGGAGAAGCAGAGCUGCGUGGGCAGCAGCAGCCUGGCCCUCCAACAGACCCAUCCCUCCUGUCAGCCAGGGUGGCGCUCCCCAUGACGGGAGCCGGCUCUCUGUCCCUCAACCCUCCCUCCGUGGCUCACUCCCAGCCCUCGGCCGUAGCUGCCUUCCCCGGGCCGUCGGGCCAGGCACUGCCCUCCUACGGCGAGCUGCUGGCCAGCCUCACCAGCCUGAGCCAGCCUGGACCGAUGGACACGGGGCCCACCCGGCCUCCGUCUCUGGGGGGCUCCUCGGAGUACAACCCCCCGCAAAUGCACAGCCCGCCGCCGCUGAGGAGAGCGAGCCUGCCCCUCUACGCCAGCAGCUACACCCCUAACCCCGACCUGCCUCUGCUCAGCACCCCGGCCCGCACCCCCGGCCUCUGCCUGGAGGCCCUGGAGGGCCGCUCCUUCCUGGCCCACCUGGACGACCCCGGGAGGGAGCCCCCCAUGCUGCACGCCGACACCAGCUCCCUCUUCGACUACAGCGAGGGGCUGGACUACCUGACCUCCGCCAGCCAGCAGAACAUCAACAACCACAACAGCUACUCCUACCGGCCCCAGGCCCCCUACCCCUCCAGCCAGCCCCCCCAGCGCCUCACCUACCUCACGCCCUCCCCCUACCUCACGCCCCACCCCCCGGACUCCAACCCCACCUCCUACCUCACCUUCGGCCCCGGAGGCGGCGCCAACGGGGUCGUGACCUACGCUGCUGGAGGCCAAGCCUACUUCCAGCCCCACUCCAACCCCGGGCAGAUCCUGCUGCAGGGGGGCGGCCCCCACGGGGGCCCCCCAGCCUACCAGUCCUACUCCUGGGGGAACAUCCUGGGCCAGCCGGCGGUGGUCCAGCGGGCGCAGGGCCCGUCCUCCUACCCGGGGGGCCUUCAGCCGCCCAGCUCCACCAGCACCCUGCCCUCGUCCUCCUUCUUCAUCAGAGGGAGCCAUGGACCCUCCAACCCCCAGCGCUGUUCCUCCCACUCCCAGACGCACACCUCCGUCACAAGCACCACCACCAACCACAGCUUGGCAGCAGUCCAGCGCGGGCCACAGGUCCCCAGGGGGGCAGCCCUGCCGACCCAGCUCAGUCCUGCCUCGCCAGGCAGUCCACCACUGCCCUCUUGUGUCAAGAUUGAGUACGAGAGCCCGGACCAGAUCCACAGCCACUUCCACUGUGACUUCUCCCCCAUACACUUCUGAAUCGGCUGCCUCGUAAAUUGGGACAAAAUAAAUGUUGUGACUGUGAAUCGUAUUUAUAUGUAUACUAGGUUCAGAUUAUGGGCCGUGUUUUGUUAUGAUCUCACUCUAUGUUUGUUGUUGUUUGACCUUGACUCAAUCCCUUGGCCUUGAGUUUCAUCUAGUUUGGCUUGAAUACAUUUACAUUACAUUUGAUGGCUUGAAUACAUACCAAUUACAUUGCUGUUUA